GGCACACGCGCAGCAAACCCAGCCUGUGCCUGUUAAGAAGGCGGCUGGAAUGGUUCAUUAAACAGGAACAUUGCUUCCCCUCGCCUGCGGGUAUUCUUCAUUCGCGGGGGGUCAUUAUUGAUGUUUGGUUUGUACCCUCGGCAGGAAAAGUUCCCGCACGGCCGACUCAGCUGAACUGGCCCUGGCUUCGCUUUCUCCCGAUUCUUUCUUCCAGCAUCGCCUGCGGACGGACAUGGAAGCGCUGGAUAAUUCUUCAGACUACAGUGACUAUUAUGAUUUGGAUUUUAACAACACUGUUAGUGAAAUAUAUAACAGAAGACCAAGCAAAGACUUCCCGACCAUCGUUCAAGUCCUUGCUGUUCUCAUCUACAGCGUCACCUGCUUCCUAGGUCUACUGGGCAACAGUUUGGUCAUUGCAAUUAUACUCAGGAUGAAAAAAUCGGUCACCAGUAUCUGGUUCCUCAACUUGGCAGCAGCUGACUUUCUGUUUAAUGUCUUCCUGCCCUUGAACAUUGCUUACACGGCCAUGAACUACCACUGGGUUUUUGGCAGAGACAUGUGCAAAGUCACCUCUUUACUUCUCAACCUCAACAUGUACACCAGUGUAUUUUUGUUGACAACCAUCAGCUUUGAUCGUUGCAUUUUGGUGAUUUUCCCAGUCCAGUCCCAAAAACAUCGGACUCCUACAAUUGCCUGGUUGUUCUGCAUCCUAAUUUGGGCGACUGGUUUUUUAAUGAGCUCCCCUUCCCUCGUUUUUCGAGACACCGCAGCCUUAGAGAACCGCAUCACUUGUUUUCAUAACUUCUCCUUGUCCAGCUCUACAAAUGACACCACCCUUGGCCCUCGGAGACAUAGAAUGGUAACCAUAGUUCGAUUCUUGAUGGGGUUCAUCGUACCAAUGAUCAUUAUCACAGUAUGUUACAUUACCAUAAUUUUUCGGCUGAAAAAGAACCGUCUUGCCAAGUCCAAGAAGCCCUUGAGAAUUAUUGUUGCCAUUAUAACCACCUUCUUCUUGUGUUGGUGUCCCUAUCAUACCUUCUCUCUCCUGGAAACGCAGCACCACUCAGUUCCAAAGACCGUGUUGGAGACCGGAUUGCCCCUGGUCACUGCCAUUGCUGUUUCGAACAGCUGCAUGAACCCCAUCCUGUAUGUCUUCAUGGGCCAAGAUUUCAAAAAGUUUAAGGUAACCAUCCUGUCCAGGCUGGCUAAUGCACUGGCCGAGGACACAGUCCAUUCCACCCAUUCAUUCACGCGCAAGAGCUUCCCAAAACCCAGUACAGUGACUGAAAAAGAAUCCAUUUUACUCUGAACUUUGGAACCUAACGUGGAUUACAAUAGUUUAUUGGUUUCCAAGCAUGAUCCAAAGCCCCUCGUGGUUAUCUUGUUGGAUUACUUCAAUGGUUUCAGAACGAGCAUGGAUUUGGCUUGAUGAAUCUAAGCCAGUCACGGUUAUGUCAUUCUAACUUCACUCUUCUCAUCAGAGCUUUUUGAAGGCUAUGUCAUAAACACCUACUCCUGACUGUAUAAGCACACUUCAUGGCCCAGGAAGGCCGAGCUGUUGAACUUCAGCCUCUACGCUCUUCACUGCAUCCUACAAGUUCUCGGCAACAAACAUACCUGAGCUAUGGGAAAAGCUGUGUGCUCCUAUUCCCUGCUCUGAGCAUUGAGAAGUUUAGGGUUAGCUGUCUUUAGACAGGACACUGAAACAGCGGGUUUUUCUAAUCAUUUGUACCUGUAUAGCCCUGGGUGUGAUUUUUCAUUCUAUCACCUUCCAGGUGAGCAGACAUACAAGAGGCAACCUGACCUGAUUCUCUAGCACAUUUUCAGCAAUACCCCAUUUUCCCAGUGGAGAAUUUGAUUCUAGUAAAAAAGUCUUCAUUCUACGCUAUAAAUCAUGCUUCGGGGAAUGAUCAUUUCAUACAACUCUGUCCAGCAGCUUUCUCUCUUGUUGUCUUUUCUGCGAGAUUUCAUAGUCCAUUAAUAAAUCUUUUCUCUAGGAGGUGGGCUGAGCAUUCUGUCUAUCCAAUUUUAUGCACAGUUAAAUUGGGAAGUAAUUCAUUUUCCCCUCUUUUUCUUUUCACUGAAUAGACUGAAGUCUGAAGUGCUGAGCAGAAGCCAACCCUGGGUCUAUAGGUUAUUAAGUUGGUUUUACUUAUCCCAGAUCUAACAAAAUCACUUUCGCUUGGGGGUGGAAAGACAGGGACUGUGAGUCCUAUCCUGCCACAGGCUUCUACCGUAACACGUUUGAAGUGUUAUGCAGGACAAUAUCUCCUCCUCUUGGAGCAGAUCAACAAGGAUUUCUAACUACCAGUGGUUCACAAAUCAGGGGGGAAAAGGAAGUUGUGAAAAACUUGUUCUGUCAGGAAUGAUCUCCUGCAUGAAAAAACAAUCUUUGGCUCAGGAUACAGCCGUCCCACAAUCUUUUCCAGCUGGUGAAUCCUGAGGAUUUAGUAAAUAAGAGUAGCUCCAACUAGAGACAUGAAAGUCAAUCAGUCUCAAUCCAGGCCAUAUCAGUAUGACAAGCAUUGAAAAAUUAGUCUGUUGUGUCAAAUUUUCUGCAAACGAUUAAUAAUAAAAAAGUAUGCACCGCUAAUUAUUGUAUGUAACAUUCUUAAUAUGAACAUGUUUCUACACAUCUGUACUUAAGAUAUGGUGGUGGGUUUUUUUGCACUCUGCAUUUCUAAAAAUAUCUGUUUUUCCAUAAGCAGUUUCCCAAUGUCCAUCUUUUUUAAAUGAAAAAAAUUCCAAAUAGUGACAUCCCAUAGCAUUUUUGUUGCGAAGUGGAGCAUACGUUAAAUAAAGAAUU